CUUUUAAAACUGAUCCUGUUGGGGAUUUUUUUUUUUUUUUCUAAAUUGGAACCGUGGGGAGGAGCAGGGAGGGAGGACCUGGAGGAAGCAGAGAGAUUAGGCAGCUAUCAAUCUCCUCCUGUUUCUCCCAGAACAGGUGAUGCUUCUAAAUUGUGACCACUUUGUGGAGGCAGCUCUGCAGUUGGAAGGAUGCGAGCGACCUAGGGUGGAGGGCCUGAAGCGGCAGAUCUGAACUUGCAGAGGAUAAAAACCCAAACUUUUGACUACAUCAUUCCGCACCUCGCGCGUGAAGCAAAGGACUUUUUUUUUUUUUUUUUUCAAGACAGACCCAAACUUCUGCACUUGAUCCCCCUUUCUUGGAUUGCGUUGGAGGAGACGGUUUGCUUGCAGCGUUGAGAACGGUCAGGACUGUGUUUUUAUAAACUCAUUUUUAAAGCGACAGUAAAGGAUCAGACUUUUUAAAUGUUUGGGAUUCAAGAUACUUUAGGAAGAGGACCAGCUCUGAAAGAGAAAUCGCUGGGCGCGGAGAUGGAUUCGGUCAGGUCUUGGGUCCGGAAUGUCGGUGUGGUGGACGCCAAUGUCGCGGCUCAGAGUGGGGUCGCCCUGUCCCGUGCCCACUUUGAGAAGCAGCCUCCCUCUAACUUGAGGAAAUCCAACUUCUUUCAUUUCGUCCUGGCGCUCUACGACAGGCAGGGGCAGCCGGUGGAGAUAGAGCGUACGGCUUUCGUGGACUUUGUGGAGAACGACAAAGAACAAGGCAAUGAGAAGACCAACAAUGGCACCCACUACAAGUUACAGCUCCUGUACAGCAAUGGUGUCCGCACGGAGCAGGACCUCUAUGUCAGGCUCAUCGACUCAGUGACCAAGCAGCCUAUAGCUUACGAGGGACAGAAUAAGAAUCCGGAGAUGUGCCGAGUUCUUCUGACACACGAGGUGAUGUGCAGUCGAUGUUGUGAAAAGAAAAGCUGUGGAAACCGAAACGAGACUCCUUCAGACCCUGUCAUCAUCGACAGAUUCUUUUUAAAAUUUUUCCUCAAGUGCAAUCAGAAUUGUUUGAAAACAGCAGGAAACCCAAGGGACAUGAGACGGUUUCAGGUGGUGCUGUCGACCACGGUGAACGUGGACGGACACGUGCUGGCCGUUUCCGACAACAUGUUCGUGCACAACAACUCCAAGCACGGACGGAGGGCCAGGAGGCUUGACCCAUCCGAAGCGACCCCCUGCAUCAAAGCCAUCAGCCCAAGUGAAGGCUGGACCACAGGAGGGGCCAUGGUCAUCAUCAUUGGCGACAACUUCUUCGAUGGUCUCCAAGUGGUGUUCGGCACCAUGCUUGUGUGGAGCGAGCUCAUAACCCCUCAUGCCAUCCGAGUGCAGACUCCUCCCCGGCACAUCCCCGGAGUAGUGGAAGUGACAUUAUCUUAUAAAUCCAAACAGUUCUGCAAAGGAGCCCCGGGAAGGUUCAUUUACACAGCACUAAAUGAACCCACCAUAGACUAUGGCUUCCAGAGGCUGCAGAAAGUCAUCCCCAGGCAUCCUGGAGAUCCUGAGAGAUUAGCUAAGGAAAUGCUGUUGAAAAGAGCUGCAGAUCUAGUGGAGGCCCUCUACGGCACGCCCCACAAUAACCAGGACAUCAUUCUGAAGCGAGCUGCAGACAUUGCCGAAGCUCUCUACAGUGUCCCCCGGAAUCCCAGCCAGAUCCCAGCUCUCUCCAGCUCCCCAGCUCACAGCGGCAUGAUGGGAAUCAAUUCUUAUGGCAGCCAGCUUGGGGUCAGCAUCUCAGAGUCCACACAAGGGAAUAACCAAGGAUACAUCCGCAACACAAGCAGCAUCUCCCCGAGGGGAUACUCCUCCAGCUCCACGCCUCAGCAGUCCAACUACAGUACCUCCAGUAACAGUAUGAAUGGCUACAGCAACGUCCCCAUGGCCAACCUGGGCGUCCCGGGAUCUCCAGGAUUUCUGAAUGGCUCACCCACAGGCUCCCCGUAUGGAAUCAUGUCAUCGAGUCCCACCGUGGGAUCCUCCAGCACGUCCUCCAUCCUACCAUUUUCCUCUUCAGUUUUUCCUGCUGUCAAACAGAAGAGUGCCUUUGCCCCUGUCAUCAGGCCCCAAGGCUCCCCUUCGCCCGCCUGCUCCAGUGGCAAUGGAAAUGGAUUCAGAGCCAUGACGGGACUUGUCGUGCCCCCCAUGUAAAGAGGAGGAAGAACUGCUUUCUCAUAGCACAAAACUACUUACUCUGAUGGACCAAUAAUGAGGAAAGCACUCUGAGCUCUUUGGGGAGCGUUGUGCCCCCAGUGGACGUGAUGGACAGAUUUGGGAAUGCAAGGAGCCACCAUCUUACCUGGUCUCACGUGUCUCCUGUAGCUCUGAUGGUAGCUACACAAACUGACCCUCUUGGGGACAAGGACAAAAGAUGUCAUUGACGUAGUCAGUGCUAAGAGCAGAAAUGCAAUUCUUUGUUAUGAACAUUAUGAAAACCACCUUCCUAUGUUUGUAAAAUAUUUAAGAAAAAAAAUUGGCAAAACAAUUCAUGCUUAAUAUUUUGGAUACUAUUUGUUUUUCUUUGUAGGAAAAAAAAAUGUUGAAAGUUUCUAUUUUCUAUGAAGCCUUUCAGAUACCAAUUUAGUUUAUGCAGAAAAAAAAAAUUGAACAAAACAGGGUACCAGCAUGGAAGACUUUCUUAAAAUGAAACCUGAAUUGAAUGAUGAAAUGUAUGUGUGUUUGCUUAUAGUUUAAUCUCUUUAAAAAAAAACAAAAAAGGGAAAAAAUUUUAAAAUGUUUUACAAUUAUUUAAAUAAAUAAACGUGUAACUUAUUGUAAGUAGAGGUAGAAAUUAAGACCUUUUUUUUUCUGGAAGAGAGAAGAGUUUCUCUUUCUGAUGUAAAAUGAAGAUGAUGCAAACAUGUAGUAACAAGUUUUAAAAGUGUGUGAUUAUUACUACAGUUACUUCCUAGACUCUUACCCUUCAGCCUGCAUCCCCCUCUUUUUCCAUCAUUUUAUUGACCCAUGGCAAGAACAUGUAACUUACAUGGAUUCCUACAGAAUAACCCACUGCAAAAACCAAGACUCAAGUACAUGCACUACACACACGCUCUAAUGCUUCCUGUCAUUCCCAGCUCCAUCUGCUUUCUUAAGUGGUCUACACAUCCCUUUUGGUAUUCACCCUUUUGUGAAUAGUUCCUUAAAAUCCAUCUGAGCUUUUAACAUUCUCCCCUGAACAAUGGAGAGAAUCCCCUGUUCUCAUAUCUCUUGGAGCAUCCCAAGGGAAGAAGCGUCUCACCUUCAAGAAGAGCCAAAGCCACAGACUUUGCUAACCAAGGGCCCCUUUGGAAUUCUUCGUCCCCAGAGCCACACACUUCCUCCUCUUUGGUGGCCUGAUACUCAGUACAGAGGCAUAAAGCCCCACAGAAAUUCAGAAACAGAGUUUGGAGAUGAUGACUCUUUCUUGAACUCUCAGGAUCAGUCUAAGAGUGGCCAAGUCCUUGACUCUGUCUACAGAUUUCCUCUUUUACGUUAUUAAACUCUCUUGAAAAGAAUAUGUAAUCCACUUGACACUGUUUUCAGAUGAGAGUGGGAUGAGAUGUGGAAGAGAAAUGUGAACAUCCCUAAGCCUCUCUCCUGAUGUUCAAAGCCAUGGAAAUCGGGAUUCUUGGGAGAUUCAGAGAUCAGGGCCACCCGUGCUGUAAACAGUGCAGUGACUCUGCCCUGGAUGGGCUCUUUGUAGUCCCGGGACUAGCUCUUAGGGAGGAAACCUUGCAGUAGCUGCUAAAAGAGGUAGGUUCUGGAAAUCCCGAGUGGCCCUGGAGAUGCGUCCAGGUGUGCUUGGAUUGCUGACAAUGCUGUAUCAUCUUUUCCACUUGGGGUUCUCUUUUUGACUCCCUGGCACCACAGUAGCAUCUAUACAAAGACUUAAUUUUGGGUUCUUGGUUGAGGUUCUAACAUUAGGAAUUAAUGCAGCUAUCAUGGAAAAACACCCUUAGGAUAUCUGAGCCAAUUUUUAGAUGACCUCUUUGCCCCCUCACGCCCAACCCCCGACAUCUUGUUUGCCUUUAGCUCACUCUGGAAUUAUCCAGUAUAACCUAUACUUUUUCUAUGCACAUUGAGAAUCCAAGGUUUUGGAAGUGUGGCAUGCUUAUAACUGCUGCUGACAGGCCUCGCAGUCAGGGCUCCAAGCGCCAAAACACACGGAAACAUAGGAGAAAACGUUCCCCAGCGAAAAAUUCGAGGGAAGGGGAAGAAUGUAUGGAAGACAAACAUUACCAUCCAAAAGUGAAGGCAGAACAAAUUUAAGCAUGUUCGGACCUGGAUUUGAGCCAAUCCAACAUAAGGAAAUGUUUUUUUUAAGUAGCAUUGCUUUUAGAACCUGUGAAUCUUGCUCCUGCAUGAAGAUGAGUACAGUACUGUCUUCAAAAUGAUUGUAGAAUUGUUGGUAGCUUUACACGGAAAAAUGUGUAACUAAAUACCUGACAUCCUUGACCAUUCAGCUAGAACCUUGGCAGCAACAGGUCUAUUUAAUUGUACAAAUGUGUGUAAGGAUUAUUUUUAGUGUACUAAUAAAUUAAAAACAGAGCUACACUGUCCUCCUUCAUUAUUGUUAUUGAAUCAUCCGGUCCCAGGUUAUUUUUGUGCCACUUGGAAUAUGAGUAUUUCUAUAGGUAACUACAAAAUUCUAACCUAUCUUGAUGAGAGGAGCUGUGUACGAUUUUUUUUUCAUUUAAAGGGACAAUUUACUUCCUUAUUUAUCUCAUGUUUUUGUUAGAGCAUCGAAAUUCUUCCCAGUUUUUCUUUGCACAUUUCAAUAUGCAUGGUUUAACAACCAUUAUCUUCUCUACCUUUUGUACAGUAUGGCUUCAUUUUCAAACUGUAUAGUUUUACUUUAUUGUUUUGCUUUGUCAGUUAUAUACAGCAUAAAGUUGCUAUGCACAGAGCUUUUUGUAAAGACGGCUUUUUUGUUUACUGUUUUUAAUGGUCUUACUUAUGAAAGAAUAUCUUGUUUGUAAAAUGAAUAUGUCUACUUCAGUUUUAAACUUUAAAUUAUCCUAACAAAAAAAAUAAAAUUUUUGUACU